CUCCGAUGUUCGAGUAUAUUGUGCGAUGCUCCAUUGCACUUGAUAUCUUGACAUUGGAUUAUAUAAUUACGUUUAUGUAUCAUAAUAUAUAUGAUAAUAAAUAUCUAGGAUAUUUACUUAUUUGCAGAUAGGAACAUGGCUCUCCUGAAAACCGCAGUCUUUAUCCUGGUAGCAGCACUUGCGUACAAAUAUUACCGAGUCCAGAACAUUGAUAAAGUUGCUGUAUUAGAGGGUGUUCCCGAUGAAGUGUAUGAUUAUGUCAUUAUCGGCGGCGGUUCGGCAGGUUCCGUGGUCGCAGCAAGACUUUCUGAGGAUACAGAGUCUAAAGUGCUUCUUCUUGAAGCCGGUGGGCAUUAUGCCGAAAGUGAAAAUUUUCAUAUUCCUUUGUUUUGGACAGUUUCUCAACAGACUGAGUACGAUUGGCAAUUUUACACGGAGACACAAACUAAGUCACUUCUGGGCUUGAAGGACAAGCGGGGGAUAUGGCCUAGGGGCAAAGUUCUUGGAGGAACAAGCAUUCUAAAUGCGAUGCAAUAUACACGCGGGAGUCCUUUUGACUACAAUGAAUGGGCAGCUGCUGGGAAUGAGGGAUGGAGUUAUAAAGAUGUUCUACCAUACUUCCUAAAGGCAGAAGAUAUACAAAUACCCGAGUUGGAGACGUCUAAUUACCAUAGCAAAGGUGGUCCUCUAGCUGUCUCGCAUGGAUAUUUGACACAAUUAACAGACGUGUUUCUGAGAGCUGGACUAGAGUUGGGAUACAACGUAACAGAUUAUAACGGAGAAGACCAAGAAGGUUUCAGCAUUGUGCAGAAGAUGACAAGAAACGGAGUUCGAAGUAGUACUAGCCUAGAAUAUUUAGGAAGGGCAAACGGACGCGAUAAUUUACACAUUUCUCUGAAAAGCUUUGCUACUAAAAUUCAGAUCACAAAUAAGUGUGCUGAAGGCGUUUUCUAUAUAAAAGACGGUAUAAAAAGAUACGUGAAAGCAGGAAAAGAAAUAAUUCUUUCAGCAGGAACCAUUAACUCUCCUCAACUGCUUAUGUUGUCUGGAGUCGGACCUAAGAAACAUCUAGAUCAGAUGAAUAUUCCAUUGGCAGUUAACCUACCAGUCGGCGAGAAUCUGCAAGAUCACCAGAUGUUGCUGAUGUCCAGUGAUAUAAACAAACCUUUUAGUGUGACAAUUGAUGUAGUAACAAGUUGGUGGACAAGACUCAAAUACUAUAUGUUCGGCGAUGGUCCAUUGUCAAUAUCCGGUUUAGACGGAUCGGCCUUUUUACAUUUGGACAAGACAAAACGAGGAAAGACUUUCCCCGAUAUUCAAAUGGUUUUCUUUAAUCAAUUACCACGGGAUAAUAUUGUUAACUUUAACGACGACCUGGAAGAGCAGUUGUUAGAAAAGGAUGGGAAUAAACACGGUUUUACAACUGUCAUUUGUUCGACUCGUCCAAAGAGUAAAGGACGUAUAACGCUUAGAAGUAAAGACCCUUUUGAUUAUCCUAAAAUAGAUGCGGGUUAUCUGACAGACAAAGCUGAUGUUGAGACAUUUUUAGGUGGCAUACGAAUUUGGGAAAAACUAACAGAAACAAAAGCUUUUCAGGAACUAGGUGUCAGUAUAAACAAGAUGGAAAAAAAAGUUUGUUCUGCUUAUGAAUUCCGCUCCGACGAGUAUUGGGAAUGCAUGGUUCGCCAUGUUGCUGUGACACAGUAUCACCCAUCGGGAACAUGUAAAAUGGGGACGGUGAAUAAUCCAACAGCGGUUGUCGAUCCUGAACUUAGAGUCAAAGGUAUCAAAGGUUUGAGAGUAGUUGAUGCUUCUGUAUUCCCAAACGUUACGUCAGGAAAUCUAAAUGCACCUGUCAUAAUGGUAGCAGAAAAGGCAGCAGAUUUGAUUCGAGGAAAAGACACUGUAAAGAAAUUUAGACAAAAUCUACCAAAUCUGCGAAAACUAUGACACUAAUAUAUAUUCAUCUAAUGUGUGUAUAACAGAUUUAUAAAAGUGUAUGAACAAUAUAUAUAUAUAUAUAUAUAUAUAUAUAUGAAAGCGUGUGUAUGCGAGAGUUUGCGCGAACCGGCGUGGAAAUGAUUCAGCAAAAGCGGAUGUAAACGAGUUGAUUAGUUUUCACAUUGGCGUUGGCACCUUGGUACAAUAGUCGUUUUGGUUCUUAUUUUCGUUUGAAGAAAAGUGAACAAGGCUUCAUCUAAAGAGCGGAAACAGUUAUACAUCAACGUUCAUAUGCCGCUGGCGUAUAUUCAGUCCUACGGGAAGUGUAUCCCUCCGAAAUGUAAUCAUAAUCAGUAUUUCCUGUUUACAGCAAUUCGUUUUCCACAAAAAAUAAAGACACAUAUCAAACAGGAAAUGCCACGUGCCAAAAACGCAGCCUCCACAAAACGAAACCCCCACACGCAUACGCACACGCACACUGAAAAACAGACAUACACGCACGCACGAACGCACGCACACACAUACACAGAGGACAAAACGAACAAACAAAGGAGCUAAGUGGGGCACCGCCUUGGAACGGUCAGUGGCAAAAACACCACUGGGGGGCUUAAACCGGUUUAUGGUGCGCACCUAACCACACUCCAACCCACCAUGUACCAAAGAUUCGGGACAGUGUAAAUAAAAGUAAUCCGCGCCAGGGGAUUCUCUAACACACGUAAUGGAAACAAAAAGGCAUGGCAUGUAAAACACAAAAGUCCAGGGCGUAAAUGCUCUGUGAAAUAUAAAUUAUACACAAGUUGACUGGAAAAUUAAAAUAUACUGACCGCACUCCGGCCUAAUAACUAGAAUGACUUAAGACAUUACGUCUGGGAGAGAGAGAUAUUAUAAACAAUUCUACUGGAAAAUUAGAACAUACUGACCGAACUCCGGUCUAAUAACUAGAAGAUGACUUAAGACAUUACGACUGGGAGAGGGAACGGUAAAAAGUUAUUCUCAGUAGUCAUAAGUUUCGGACUACAAACUACAAAAAUGGUGUAAAGAACUGAUAAGGAUUCCAUAUUAAUAUGCAGAUUAAGUCCACAAUUUACUCUUAACAAUGUGUAUUUGCUUUUUUGCGAUUUAAAAUGAUUUUUAUGCCUGUCUUCUAUAUUUUUAAUAUUACUUUUAUGCCUGCCUUUUAUAUACUGUUGCAACUAAUAUAACUCUUAUGUCUGUCUUCAUUUACUGUUGAAAUUUUAUAUCACUGUUAUGUCUGUCUUUUCAAAAUUUUUG